CUCAGAGAGGUUGGUAACUGGACUAGUGUUACACAGGUAUGCUGAGGUGUGUGUCUCACUUUCCUUACCUGUAAGAUGAUAAAACCCUGUUUCUCUCUGCAGAGGGCCAUCCGUGUGCGCAGUCAUUCUAUGGAGACCAUGGUUGGCAGCCAGAGGAAACUGCAUAGUGGGAGCAUUCCUGGCAGCCUCAGCGGGGGCAUCAUCCACAACAGCAUGGAGGUCACCAAGACCACCUUCUCGCCUCCAGUAGCGGCAGCGACGGUGAAGAACCAGUCACGGAGCCCCAUCAAGCGGAGGUCAGGCCUCUUCCCCCGCCUGCACACGGGCUCUGAAGGCCAGGGGGACAGCCGGACACGAUGUGACAGUGCCUCCAGCAUCCCCAAGACACCAGAUGGUGGACAAUCUUCUCAGGAGAUAAAGUCUGAGACCUCAUCCAAUCCCAGCUCUCCGGAAAUCUGCCCCAACAAAGAGAAGCCCUUCAUAAAGUUGAAGGAGAACGGCCGUGCCAACAUCUCCCGUUCCUCCUCCAGUACCAGCAGCUUCAGUAGCACCGCAGGAGAGGGCGAGGCCAUAGAGGAGUGUGACAGUGGGAGCAGCCAGCCAUCCACAACCUCACCCUUCAAGCAGGAGGUGUUUGUCUACAGCCCGUCCCCAAGCAGCGAGAGCCCCAGCCUGGGGGCUGUUGCCACCCCCAUCAUCAUGAGCCGGAGUCCCACAGAUGCCAAAAGCAGAAACUCCCCGAGGUCAAACCUGAAAUUCCGCUUUGAUAAGCUCAGCCAUGCCAGCUCCAGUGCGGGCCACUAAUGUGAAAGAGGAGUCCUUCCCCUGUCUAAGGUGAGU